AGUGGAAAAUUUUCGGGAGUCAGCAGAAUCGUUGUAUCCAAAAAAGACAAAGUCGCAGUUACAGCAACGCCGAGGAGAUUGUCCCUGGAAAACUUCCUUUCGGUUCAUCCCCCUGAAGACUCCAGGCUUUGGCUUGGAGACGCCAGCCAUCACCAUUGAGCCCAGCAGCUGGAGCGGCAGCGAGAGUCCUGCCGAGGACAUUGAAAGAAUGAGUGACUCUGCAGAUAAACCUAUUGACAACGAUGCAGAGGGGGUCUGGAGCCCUGACAUUGAACAGAGCUUUCAGGAGGCUCUAGCUAUCUACCCACCAUGUGGCAGGAGGAAAAUCAUCUUAUCAGAUGAAGGCAAAAUGUAUGGUAGGAAUGAAUUGAUAGCCAGAUACAUCAAACUUAGAACAGGGAAGACACGGACCAGGAAGCAGGUGUCUAGUCACAUACAGGUCUUAGCAAGAAAGAAAGUUCGGGAAAUUCAAGCCGCCAUUAAGGUGUCUAGUCACAUUCAGGUUCUUGCCAGAAGGAAAUCUCGUGAUUUUCAUUCCAAGCUGAAGGUAACAAGCAUGGAUCAGACAGCAAAGGACAAAGCACUCCAGCACAUGGCAGCAAUGUCAUCAGCUCAGAUAGUCUCAGCUACUGCUAUCCACAACAAGCUGGGCCUGCCAGGAAUUCCCCGUCCUACAUUUCCUGGGGCACCUGGGUUUUGGCCGGGCAUGAUUCAAACGGGGCAGCCUGGAUCCUCGCAAGACGUCAAGCCAUUCGUUCAGCAGGCCUAUCCUAUCCAGCCAUCAGUCACAGCUCCCAUUUCAGGCUUUGAGCCCACAUCAGCUCCAGCUCCCUCAGUCCCUGCGUGGCAGGGCCGAUCCAUUGGUACGACCAAGCUCAGGCUGGUGGAGUUCUCAGCUUUCCUUGAGCAGCAGAGGGAUCCUGAAUCUUACAACAAACACCUCUUCGUGCACAUCGGCCACGCCAACCAUUCCUACAGCGACCCCCUGCUCGAGUCCGUGGACAUCCGCCAGAUCUACGACAAGUUCCCCGAGAAGAAGGGCGGGCUGAAGGAGCUCUUUGGGAAGGGGCCCCAGAAUGCUUUCUUCCUCGUCAAGUUCUGGGCUGACUUAAACUGCAACAUCCAAGAUGAUACAGGAGCAUUUUACGGAGUGACCAGUCAGUACGAGAGCUCAGAAAACAUGACAAUCACCUGCUCCACCAAAGUCUGCUCCUUUGGAAAGCAAGUAGUAGAAAAAGUAGAGACUGAGUACGCAAGGUUUGAGAACGGCCGGUUUGUGUACAGGAUAAACCGCUCUCCCAUGUGUGAAUACAUGAUCAACUUCAUACACAAGCUGAAGCAUUUACCAGAGAAAUACAUGAUGAACAGCGUCUUGGAAAACUUCACAAUUUUAUUGGUGGUAACAAACAGGGAUACACAAGAGACCCUGCUCUGCAUGGCUUGUGUGUUCGAGGUGUCCAACAGCGAACAUGGAGCACAGCAUCACAUCUACAGGCUUGUGAAGGACUGAGCAGUUAUUUAUAUAUACACUUCAUUUCACUUCUUUAUCAAAACACAGACUGUAAACCUCAACACUAAGUGGCAGUGCCUCUGGCCCAACUUUCACCCGCAUUUUUCUAAAUCCUGUUUUAGUGAAGUCAUUUUUAAUGUGUUCAUAUAUAAUUGUAGCUGUGAAAUUCUGGUACAGUUGUAAAAAUUAUUUCUAAAACUAAGUGUUCUUCAAAUUUGUAAACCACAGUUCUUUGGGAAGACUGUAUUUAAGAACCUGAUGCCUCUGUCUGUGGAGGCCUAUUUUUAAUUCUGAUAGAAAAAUGUAUGACAGAGCAUUUGCCAUGGGGAAAAACUGACAGCGUUUAUAAGAAUUUAUUUUGGGUUUUUUUCCAACAUGAAAUACUUGUUUUACAAUGCAAGUGGAAUUGAAAUGAAUCUUUAGCUAUAACUGUAAAUGAGUACACAAAGUUAAUAAUCUCUAUAGAAUUAUCUUUGUAACUAAUUAGGGUGGAAGAUAUGGACGAAUGUAAUUCACUAAAUUAUUUUUUAAAAUGAAACAUUUUUCUGUUUGAAACCAAAUGAAAAAUAUAGCCUUAAGAAAUGCCUGAUAGAAACAGACAGGUCCUAAAAUUAGGCAAAUUUUGUAUUUUUUUCUCAACGCUAAAACUAACCUUCUAAUCCAUUAAACUUUCAAACAGGUAUUGCAGAGAAAGAAAAACAUCACCCCUUACCCCUAACAUAUCUAGUGUAUUUUAAAAGAGUAUAAAGUUGUAUUGUACUAAUAUGAAAAUUUGAUUAUUUAAUGAAAAAGAUGGCUCAUUUUGCAAUAAGUAGGUAAAUACUGAAGAUUUAGACUUGCAUUAUAUGUAGUCUUGUGCGUGCAGUUAUAUUUUCUACGGACAACUGUGUUUUCUAAUGCGUUGAGCAAAAAACUUGCAACUCUGAAAUGAAGAGUCAUUCUCAAACAGAGAGCAAAACACUGAUGUGUUUGAGAGAAGAGUGUGCACACCUCUGAAAGGAUCAGCAGCUUUAAUAUCUGUGAGAUGCUAGAAAAUCACAACCAACACCAGGCAGAGAAGAUUGGAAAGUGGAGAAUUGUAAUUUUUUUUUUUCUCCUUUUCCUCUGAAUCGCGGUACUCUUACACUUGUCCCAGUUGUCUCUCCAGGUCUGGAAAAAAAAACCUGUUCUGAAACAAGCAUAACCUACCAGGAGGGCUCUGCUGUCCUCUUGGAUGUGGUAGUGUCCAUCCUUCUGCUGAAUUCAGGGAAGGCUCCAGGCAGUGAGGCACAGCUGGAGAAAUUUGAAUAUCUGGUAUCCUCCCGUGCAGGAUGGAGGGUGCUGCUCAGCUCCUCUCCUCCUGCUGCCCCUCCUUGCCCAAGCAGAAGUUGUUUGGGCCAGCAGAGGCUUCUCCAGCAAAACAUUUGUCUGAAAGGCUGAGGGCUGCCCAACCAAGCACAAGCCACCUUAGGGAUCAGUGAUGAGUUAUCAGCAAGGAGGGUUCUUAGGAGAGGCUUUUGCAGUCCUGACUCAAAGUUCACAUUUAGCAGGUCCCUCCUCCCUGCCCUUUCUGUAUGUUCCUGUGGUCUCAUACUUUUUCCUCAUUACCAAAAGUCAGUUGAAUGCAGAACCAGCACAGUUCCCAUGCACAGUUUAAGCGCAGAAUUUCCUCCCAGGCCCAGUGCUGCAGUCUCCAAACAAGUAAGUCUGAUUCUUUUCUGUAAGUUCUAUCCCUGCACAGCCCUUCCUGUUGGAAUAGUGGAAAUGUCUGCACUAGGCUGGAGCCUGGGGGAGGUGGUGGGUCAGACCUGGACUAUCCCUAUCCCUGGUGAGGUCUGGGUGUAGAUACCACCGAGGGGAAUGGAAACUGCUUUAAUCCCUCAGCCCCAGCUGGCUCUGUGGGGUGGCUGCUUUGUAUGGUGGCUGUGAUGUCUAGCUCUCUCACCUGCUCGUGGAUAUUAGGGCUGGUGACCUUUCAGUUGAUCCUCUGAAGUGAACAGAGAAAAGUGUCCAUGGCAAGGUCUCCUUUAGCUCAUGUUUAACACUAACAACCACAUCAGGAAAAGCACUGCAUUGUAACAGCCUAACGGUAGCCCUUUAUUCUAAGCACUUGGUGUUACAAGUCAAAAACUACUUUUUGGGUUUUGUUCUAAAGUUGUCUUUUAUUUAGGGUUUGAAUUGUGGGUUUGGUGAUUUUUUUUAAAUUUUUUUUUUAAUAACAAACAAACUCUUUAAGGCAUAUAAAGUAUGUAAGUCAAUUUGCAAAACCAGGUACAGUUUUGUUUUGUUUUUUUUAGUAGGAUCUGGCACACUACAUAUGCCAUAACUCUAGGGUAUAAACAGUCACAAUGUUUAUUGGUGUUCACAUAUGUAAUGUUUGGGAAACUACUUGCAUCGUCUUUUCUUUCCACUUCUGUAAAUGACCCAUACCCUGUAUAUGUUAAUUCUUAAAAGCCUUAAUCCUUCAACUGUUGAGUGUGGGGUGUGUAGUCCAACAGGCUGCCUGUAAACUGUGAGCUCUUUUGUAAGCUGGAAGUACUUAUCUUGUUACUGUUACUUUUUUGUAGGAACCUUUUAAUUGAGAGCUGCCAAAGCAUUACAAUAUGCAGUGCCUUAGCAUUAUAUUAGAAGUACCUUUUAGCCUCUUAACGUUAAAUUUUAUACAUUGUUUUAUUAAUUGGUUCCAUUUUUAAAAUCUCUGUGUUUUUCCCCCCUGCAGAAACACUCUUUGACUGCUUGGUCUAAACCAGCUGUCUGUACAAGCCAGUCCCAUUGCAGUGAGAUGCCUAUACCAAAAGGAAAGGUUUCAGAUCCCUAGUUCUCCGUGAAAAGUGAAUUGUAUUAACGAAUGCUGCCUUCUUAAAUUUCAUGACCAAAUAAUUAAUCGUGACUCUUCUGCACUCUAGCAUGAAAGUGCCUUUGGUUUGAAAUUCCAGCUUAGAAAAGUGCUGCCAUAAUAAUGACAAUUUGUAGAGAGACCAAAAAUAUUUAGUUAUCACCGUAAUGCCUUUGGUUUAUUGGAAUAAGUUGAAUCUACAGGCCUCCAUUCACAAAAGAGCACCAUUCAUAGCAAAGGGAUUUUGCUAAUGAUCAGCCUGCUGAAGAAAAAUCUACUGUUUGCCAUUUCUGACAGCAUUGCAAACCAGCAACUGAUUCGUCUGUGAUGUAAAAACGAAAAUAUUCCCAUUUGUAUUCUCUUCAUCCACAUCUGCAUAAAGAGAGAUCCAUACCCUACAGAAUUCCAGUGGACAAACGCGGCUUCGUCGGUCUCCUCUGACAAUGGUUUGGUAUCUGUGAGGAUUCUUUGCUCAGACAGCAGAUUUUGUUUACAAGGUCAGAUGCAGAAAACAAGAGGAACGUGGAGAGCUGAGUGUAAAUGCCAUCGUGUGGGUUUAAACAUGGAAAUGUCCAGUGGGAGCCCUGGGGGUGAACGUGCUGCUGGGGAAACUCUGGCCAGCAUGACUCAAAACACAGGGCUGUUCUGUUUUCCUCCAAGAUGAUGUCUUGGGGAGGGAAAAAAGGAAAAAAAAAUAAGCUCCUCUUAAUAAUGUGUCUGUAUUUGAUACCUUCUGUGAACGGGGGCCGUACUCUCCACCACAGCUGAAAUCAAUGGGAAGAGGAGCAACAUUUUAACAAUGUUAGAAGGAACAAAUAUCAGCAAAACCAAAAGCUGUCAGAGGGAUUAUAUAGUUGUGAAUACAAUGUUAACUUGAUUUUUAAAGUAUUUGAUGAAAACUAAGAUUAACUUUUUAUAUAGAGAAAUAUUGUGACACUGUGUGGUAAAUAUUGUGAUAAUUCAAAUUCCCUUUCUCUAAAAUAUUAUUUUUGUUAUUCCUUCGAGGUCUAAAUCUCACUUACCUCUAUAAGAAAGUAAUCCUGUUGAAUUCAAUGAGACUGAGGUAGGGCAGAGACACUUUUGGCCCACACAAUGCAGAACAUCCUUUCUCAGUCAUUGCCAAACAUUUUGGCUGCGCUGUUUUUUCGAUGUUUGUGCUAAACUGCACCUCUGUCUCAUUCCAACAAGCAUCAUGGUACCAUUUGGGGCUGUUAAAAAUCGCUACUAACAGUUUGACUUACUUGAAUUCCAAACUGGGUUUGUUUAGGUACUGCACCACUGUUUUGAAGGACCCCGUGCCUGUUUCUCGCUUUCCCUCUCCAGCACAGCUCCAGCUCAGCUUGGCAGCAGCCUACCCAUGGGCUGGGCUGUUGGGAUAACAAAGGGUGCACACUGAUGUUGGGUGUACCUGGGUGCACACUGAUGUUGGAUGUACUGGGUGCACACUGAUGUUGGGUGUACCUGGGUGCACACUGAUGUUGGGUGUACCUUGGGGCACACUGAUGUUGGAUGUACCUGGGUGCACACUGAUGUUGGGUGUACCUGGGUGCACACUGAUGUUGGGUGUACCUUGGGGCACACUGAUGUUGGGUGUACCUUGGUGCUGGCUGUCCAUGCCUGCGGCGGCGGGCGCGACAUUCCGCGCGCUGAUUCCCCAGCUAUUUAUUUCUCCCACUGCAAGUCCUGGGGAGCGCCUGCAGCCCCUGCAGCGCCCCUGGGAGCUCCCUGGAGCCCUCAGUCAGCCACACUGAGAGCCCUGGUGUUGUCCCCCCUUUCCUUGUCCCGUGAGGAUACACGUGCCCGUGCCCGAGGAGAGCCCGGCUUUGUCCUUUGCUCAGGAUGAUCUCCUUUCCCCCUCUUAUCUUUCACAAUCAGAUGUUUAGCCCCCUCCCCCCCAAGAAAGAUUGAGGCUGAAUAAGUCAAAGUACAAGAAACACUCUGGACAUCUUCACCUUUUAACUUUUCAGGUCAUUCUUGCUCAGAUCAUGUAAUUAGUUUUAGUGUGUAAAUUAAAUCUUAAAUGCACUCAGUUGACUAAAAGGAGAUGGAUCCCUGUUACCUCCUUACAGAAUAUGUGUUUUUGUUUUUUGUUUUGUUUUGUUUUGUGGGCCUCUGAUUCAGGCUCAUGACUGCAGACAAAAAAUACAAUAUGUGCCUGAAAAAAAAAAAAAAGACAAAAGAAUUUUAUAACAUUGAAAACCUGAAUAGCCUUUAAUUCUUCAGUACAUUUUAUGUAAAACAGGUUGGGUUUUUGUUUUGUUUUGGGGUUUUUUUGCCAUGUGCAUUUGUUCACAUUUGUAAAUGACUUAAUGGAAUUCUCACUUUAUGUUUAUUUGUGUAAUGUGUAUAAAAUGGGUUUGUGACUUAAGCAUAUUCAUAUAUGGUCAGUGGUUACUUUAAUAUUGUACUGCUGCUGGUAACUUUUGAUGUAGAACUUGCCUUUUGAUGAUAAAGUACCUCUAGGUUAGACAGUGAGGGAAGGCUCUUGGAAAAAAAAACCUGAAUGUUCUCCAAUGUUUUCUUAACAUAUUUGCAGAAGCUUUCAAAAGGAGUUUCAGUCAAACCUCUUGGCAGUACAGUAUUCUUGUAUUUGUUAUUGUCUGUGUGUAGGUACUGGUACCUUUUUUUUUUUGUUCUGUUUAAAAUGUUUUAAGUGUUGGCUUUAAAGUGAAUUUAUCUUUAGUAUGAUAGUAAUAUGAAAAUUAUAGGUUUUGUGUGCAGAGAAUUUUUUUAUAAAGUGCUUUGUAAAAAAAAAAAAAAUGUAUUCUAGCUUUCGCGGUACAUAUGUGUGAUAACUUUAAUAUCCAUGACAGUUAAGUGCAAUUAUUUCAUCACUCUAAAAAUGCUAUUUUUGUGUCGGUUACUGCAGGUGUUUUCAUGUCUUUGCAAAGUGACACAUUUUGAUGCCUUCUUGAUAAAGUGGUAGAAUUUUUGUAGCUUUCUAGAAACUUUGUAUUCAUACAGUAUCAAUUGAAAAUAAAGAAAAUGAAAGUGUUUUGUGCA